CUCCACCAACCCGUUUUUGAAUUAGAGCAGCAAAGCAUCUCCGUCGGCCAUUCCUAAGAGUAUCUCCGUCGGCCAUUCCUUUUCUGCUCUCAGUAGCGUCCAAGUCUAACAAAUAGCAAAGCAGAGGAGAAUAAGGAAAGGAAAUAUGCCGCUGCAGGAAAGGGAGAGAUUGUAGCUCGCCUCGUUGUAACUUAGAAGAGGAGAGGAGAGGAGAGGAGAGGAGAUGGGUUCUUUUCCAAUAUUAUCUUUUGUCUCCAACUGGGUUCGUUUGCAUUUAGACGUUCGAGGGUUUUGAUGGUUUCCGAUAGCAAAAAAGGCCGUGGAGGAGAUAUUUAUUUGUAUCCACCACCAUCCCUUCCCUUUUUCUCUUUCUCUCAAGAAAGAAAUUUUCUCUUAGCGCCACCUUAUCUCUCUAUCUAGUAUCUACCUCAGCUGCCCCUCUCUCUUCUCUGAAAAUACCCAUCUUCCUCUCUUUGAUAAGAGUUUCUGUUGGGGAUAGGUAGGAGAGAAAGAAGAGAGGUAUGGAAGCCGUGCUACAAACCAGAGGGCUUUUCUCACUACCGCCUAAUCCAAAAACCAGAGCUUUAUAUGCAUCCCAGGGUUUAAGGCAGAGGAUUUCGGCUUCAAAACCCAAAACCUCACCUGGGUUUUCCUUAUCUUCAAAUGGGUUCAAAAAAUUUCCGACCUUUGUGUCAGCCCCCAAUGGUCUGUUCCCAAGUAACAGAACUUUGCAUAUCUGCAAAGCGGAAGCCGCCGCUGCCUCGGAGGGACAGCCGCUGUUUCGCAAGGAAAGUGAGAGCAAGAAGGUUCUAGGUAUCGAGGUUGAGACUCUCAAGAAGAUUGUUCCACUAGGUUUGAUGUUCUUUUGUAUCUUAUUCAAUUAUACAAUUCUGAGGGAUACGAAGGAUGUGUUGGUGGUGACUGCCGAAGGGAGCAGUGCAGAGAUUAUCCCCUUUCUGAAAACUUGGGUGAAUUUGCCUAUGGCGAUUGGGUUUAUGCUUCUAUACACCAAAUUGGCUAAUGUGCUAUCCAAGGAGGCUCUGUUUUACACUGUAAUCAUGCCCUUUAUCGCCUUCUUUGGAGCUUUCGGGUUCUUCUUGUAUCCCUUGAGUCAUUAUAUUCACCCUCAUGCAUUUGCUGAUAAGCUUCUCAACGUGCUUGGCCCGAGGUUUCUUGGUCCACUUGCUAUAAUGAGGAUUUGGAGCUUUUGUUUGUUCUAUGUCAUGGCUGAAUUGUGGGGGAGCGUGGUGGUUUCCGUGCUCUUCUGGGGAUUUGCUAAUCAGAUCACUACCGUUGAUGAAGCGAAGAAAUUUUACCCACUGUUUGGGCUUGGUGCAAAUAUAGCCUUAAUUUUCUCAGGACGGACAGUUAAGUAUUUCUCUAAUCUCCGCAAGAAUUUGGGUCCUGGAGUUGAUGGUUGGGCUGUCUCCCUCAAAGGAAUGAUGAGCAUUGUUGUACUGAUGGGUGGUGCUAUCUGCUUCCUUUACUGGUGGGUAAAUAGAACUGCCACUCUUCCAACCGUCAGCAAGAAGAAGAAGAUCCUCCUUUCUUUCUUUCAGGCAAAGCCAAAGAUGGGUACAAUGGAGAGCUUGAAAUUCCUUGUCUCUUCAAGAUACAUCAGAGACCUUGCAACUUUAGUUGUGGCAUAUGGCAUUAGCAUCAACCUUGUUGAAGUUACGUGGAAAUCUAAGCUCAAGGCGCAGUUCCCUAGUCCGAAUGAGUAUUCUGCAUUCAUGGGUGACUUCUCCACGGCUACUGGAAUAGCAACAUUCACGAUGAUGCUCAUCAGCCAAUACAUCUUUGACAAAUAUGGAUGGGGAGCUGCAGCCAAAAUCACACCCACAGUGCUACUUCUCACUGGAGUCGGAUUUUUCUCUCUGAUCUUGUUUGGUGGUCCUCUUGUCCCCACCCUCGCCAAAUUUGGGAUGACUCCUCUGCUUGCGGCUGUCUAUGUUGGCGCCUUGCAAAAUAUUUUCAGCAAGAGUGCCAAGUACAGCUUGUUUGAUCCCUGCAAAGAAAUGGCUUACAUCCCUCUGGAUGAGGAAACCAAGGUCAAAGGAAAGGCAGCCAUUGAUGUGGUCUGCAACCCACUUGGGAAAUCAGGGGGAGCUCUGAUUCAACAGUUCAUGAUUUUGACCUUCGGUUCACUCGCUAAUUCAACUCCUUACCUUGGAGUGACCCUUCUGGGUAUCGUACUUGCGUGGUUAGCCGCAGCCAGGUCGUUGGAUGGGCAGUUCACUGCUUUGAGACGGGAGGACGAGCUCGAGAAGGAGAUGGAAAUGGCUGCCGUGAAAAUUCCAGUUGUAUCUGAUAACGAAAGUGGGAAUGGAUCUCUUCGCAGCAGCACUGGCUCCCCAUUGAACCCUACAGCAGGUGACUCAACCAGCAGCUCAUCAGCUCCCAAGAUGUAAGAACAAUUUGUUUUUUGGUGCCAGAAUAGAAGUCCAGGAAACGGGAGUGGAAGAAGAAGAAUAAGUAAUGAAGGAGAGCCUGCCAUGUUAGGUACCCAUUUGGUUGUGGGUAGGGUGGAAAGUAGUAAUAAUAUAUACUAGGGAUGAUUGUUGGUAUGCGUCUUGAAAUUGUUGGUCUUGCGAUCUCGAAGGUUUUGUUCGCGCGGAGAUUGUUUCACUUGACUUCCAUGAGUUGCGUUGUAGAUUUGAAUUUUUAGUCACAAGUUAAUAAGUACAGAAGUCAUGUCAAAACGUAAGGGAGCAACGUAGUUACAUAGAACAUCAUAGCUGGCCAACCUUUGGUGACUGAUUGGUGGUUAUGGCUACUGUUAAACUACAUGUGUUUUAGAAUCAAAAUAUGCCUGACUGUGAGUAUGAAUCAUGAUGCAGUAUCAUGAAAGUUUGUAUGAAUCAUUUUGCCAAAGCUGGCUAUGCUGAUAGGUAGAAGCUAACAGCGCUAAAUUGGACGAUCUAUAAUCAAACGGAUUCAAGGCUGGCUGGGAAAACCCUUCUGAAUCAUUUGUCUCGUCGUUUCUUGCUUCAUCGUAAACUUGAUUCA